AGUCAUAAUUUGAGACUAAAUUUUUAUAGAAGUGUUGGACCUAACAGCAGCUUCUCCAAUCUUGACACUUUUCCUCCCUACGGACAUCAUCUGAGCCUCUACCUGAGUCACUUUUGCCUAUCAAUUGAGAUACAGAUGGACAACAUGUUAUUGUAUUGUUACAAUUUUUUUAUAGAAUUGGAAUGGCUACAUUGGGCUAAAUUGAAAUCUCAGGUUGGCUAUUUUAGUUCUCUUGAACCUGGCAAGCCUGCAUUCUCAAGUAAGUUCUGAAACGGCGGGAAACCCCUUCGAGAAAUUGCGUGGCCUUCUCCUUUGCUAUCGAAAGGAUUCAUGGCGGAUUAACCCGUUGUCCGGUUCGGAUUCCCGCGCCAUGGAUCGAAAGAUACGACCUGGACAGGCGGUGUGGGCCCGUCGCCACGCGGGGGCCGUUUGGUGGCCGGCCCACGGUCUCAGCUCAACUUCCCGCCGAAGAUACUCGGUUCAAUUUCAGGGUCAAGCUCAACCUUGUUACGUUUCAGCCGGGGAUGUGGUGCCCAUGACGGCCCAAGCCUUGAAUUUCAGGUCACGAGCGUGUCGGGAGGCGUGGCAGGCGGUUUACCCGGACGUGAUGGAGAAUCCACGGGUGGUUUUGAGGCCAUUGAAGGUUGAGGCGGGAUCGGAGGGGGGGACGAAGGCCGCGGAAGAGUCGAAUCCCGUUUGGCGGGAAGUGACUCGAACCUUUUUGGACGCCGUCGUCCAGGACGAAUCCCAAGAGGACAAAGAGAAUGAGCUGAAGGUCGACCCGCGGCGGGUCCAGAGAUCAAGUAUCUUGGCCCAAUGGGGACGGGCCCAACGCUCACCUUUGGCCGAGAUCACGCCCAAAAUCGAACGAUUUAGUGACGACAAAGAGAAUGUUGGCACCAUUUUGGCCGCUCAGAGCCUUGAGAAAGGCCCGUUGUCGGAAUAUGAACGGAUUCGAUUGCGAAAUAUCGCUGAGCGUCGCGAAAUGUUUCAGGCUUUGCAAAUGGAGUUUGCCCAAUUAAAACAUUCCAUACAACCCGCCCGACGGAUUGUGACUACUGCCCCGCGACGAUUUAAGCCUUAUGUGACACGCCCCGAACCGCCCACCACUCGUCGUCGCUCGGGUUUAGGAUCGAGUGGAAAUUCCGAGUCGGGUCAAUCCCGAAGUGGCACACCCGAAUCCGAUUGGGAUCUGGAGGUGUUGGAGAGAGCUUGUCCACGCCGACGAUCCCAACCUCGAGCGGCUUGUCCGGACCGGUGGGGCUUUAAUCCCAACGAAUCCGUUAUGCCACCCGAAGACGUGACGCCGGCCAUGUUGGCCGGGGUCACCUUCCAUGUGAGCCAAAAGGUAUAUGGAAAUCAAGGGACCACUUGCCAUCAAUGCCGACAGAAGACAUUGGAUGUCAAGACGAUUUGUCGCUCCGGGCGAUGUCAGGGUGCGCGGGGCAUGUUUUGUGGCGUAUGCUUGAACAAUCGUUAUGGUGAGGAUGCCCGUGUGGCUUUGAAGGAUCCGAACUGGAUGUGCCCGCCUUGUCUUGAUGUGUGUAACUGUUCCAUUUGUCGCAACCGUCUUGGCAAAGGAGCCACCGGUCCCAUUACCUAUUUAGCCCAAUCGAAAGGCUUCACCAACGUCAAGGAUUACUUGGCCUCCUUGACCCAAUCUCGUGGUUGUGAUGAAUUCGAUGAAGACUGAUUGAAGCCUCGACAAUGCAAUUUUUUUUUUAUUUAUUGGCACAGUUCCAUUGUGACUGUUCCAAACCUGGGGAAACACUCCUACGCUUACUUUGUAUAUAGUCGCUCAUCCCAAAAUGUUGGGCAUCUUAUUAAAGAUAUAAUGCUAAAAUCUGACCCGCAUAUCCUAACACAAUUUCUUUGUUUAUUAUGAAUGCUCAAAAACAUGUCCAUUUCAUUGGUUUACUACAAUGUCGUGAUUAUGAAAUAUAUAUCUCGGCUCCUUCCAUGA